CCGCGCCGGGCACCGCGGGCUGGAGGAAGGGAAGGGAGGGAGGGGCGGGGCCGCGCGGAUCCCGGCCGGCGGCGCGGACACGCCCCUGCCGCCCAUCUCGCCAAUGGCGCGCCUCCGGAGCCGUGACGGACAGGCGCGGCCGCGAGCAGGAAGGAGCGCGAGCGCGGGGCUGCCGGCUGGAGGGGGUCGGUUGGGCUGCUCGCUGGGCGCCAUGGCCCUGAGCAGGAGGGAAGUAUUCAUAAGUAAAGUACUGAAAAGGCUCUAUGCUGAAACUUCAUCAUCUUCUCCUGUGCAUACAUCGAGUGGAAAAGAGGAGGUACUUGUUGGAAAUCUGGGCUCAGAAUCCAAAGAAAAGAGUUUGGAUAAUGUUCAGACUUCAGCAGAUGCUAGCACAUCAACUGAUACAUCCUGCAAAUCAGUUCAAGGUAGUGACAAUACAAUUGUGCCUCCAAAGAGAAUGUACACAGUGAAUCUUCCUCUGGAGGGUUACGUUGCAGAUACUCCCGAUGCUGUUAGAAUUUCAGCCUCUGAAAACUCAGAUGGUAGUGCUGACUCAACAGAGGAGGAAUAUCAAGGACAAACCAAGAGAAAGCGCAUUCGAAGGAAGAAACAAAAGAGCAGCUUACAAAACUCUAAUAAUUUACAUGGAGAACAAACAGAAUCUGGAAUGCAAGAGACUCUUGUUCGAGAUAAUCUACAGCUGCAGCAGAUAGAGAGUCCCAAAAUAAGCAAAAAUAAAAAGAGGAAAAUGAAAAAAAAGCGACAGAAAGAAAAAAUGAGAGCAGCUGGCUUGGUAACAAGAACUACCAGUGUGGAUUUUACAUAUCAGCCUGACAAAAACAACAGAGAAGAAGCAGCAGGCUUAAAAGAUAUAGAUGAAAAGGCAGAUAGCAUUCUGGACUUCCUGCAGGCAACACAACAAAUUUAUUUUGCUGACAGCAAAUCAAAAUGCACGGAUUCUGCUGUAAAUGCAGCAGCUGCCCAAGAGCUUUUGCAAUAUCUUGAAUCUCGCACCAUUUCUUCCUCAGAUGUAACUAUUCUACAUCAGUUGAAAUCCCUUGUAUUGCUACAGGAUAUUGAGAGAUUGAAGGAUGCUUUGAAACAGUUCCAGGAACAAUCCAUGAUGCCUCCUGAUCAUACCAAGAUAGCCACAUCUCUAUUUCACUACUGGAUUACAGAUAUCCUUCCUGUGAAGAACAGGAAAUAAACCCUUGCCUGUGUCCAUAUGUACUGGGUUAAAAUUUAAUAUACAAACUCUUAACCAAGUAGCACUUGUUCAGAAAGAACAGUGUCAAUACACGUUCUACACCUUCAGGUAAAUGAAUUAUUCUUCUGUGUUACAAACUCCAGAAGACAAUAAACAGGGUAUAACUAAAUGUGAUUUUUGUUGGUUGGUCAAGAAUAUGCAUAUGUUGUCUGUCCUGAGUCUUCAGCUGGAAUACUAUGUACAUCUCACUUCAAGAUAAGGGACUUACCUGGAAUGAUAAAGUCUGUAUCAAGUACUUUUGUUUAAAAAGUGUAGUAUUUUUUGUUGUUGUUUAUAAAUUGAUUGUUUCUUUCUGGAGAUUUUAUUUCUUGACUUUUCUUGUUUAUCUGAUAUAUCUGUUUACCUGAAAAACAGAAAUAUAUUUUUAUAUUAAAAUCUGAGCAACAAUACAUCUGAGGAAUGCAUUUUUGCUAAACAACCUACGAAGUUGUGGAAAUAGAUACAUUUUUACAUGGGGGGUCAUGUAGAAAUUAUGCAGAAACUUGGAUGGCAUAUUUUAGAAAUAUUCUGUGUCCCAGCCUUUUACAAUCCAAUGGGUUUCACUGACUGCAGAAUUAUGGGUCUGGGUUCUCUCACUGAUUGUUUUUCAGUCUUUCUGAAACUGAAUUUAUCCAUGUGUAGACAAUACAGUAAAUAAUAUCCAUGGUUGUAAAAUGUUUUGGAAUCCUGAAUUAAAAAAUGCUUCUUGAGAGGCUCUUCUCUCAGUUGAGUCAUUCACCAUGAUAGGUGGUACAAAGCAAACCAUUUCUCAUAUCUCUGUCUUAGCUUCCUCAUGAAUGGGAUAGGGGCAAUGUAUUUAUCUCCUUCAACAUGUGAUUGGAGAUAUAUUACUGACAAGACUAUAUAAAUAUAUAUAUUUUUGUAUAUAUAUAUGGCUUUUUUGCUUUGGGUUUUGGUUUUUUUAUUAUUAUGUUACCUGAUAUAUCCUAUUGCAAGGCAUUAUUUUUAGUGAUGCUGAAAAAUGUGUAAUAAAAACACAAGCAUACAUGUUUCUCGUUAAUUCAAGAAGUUAAAAGGGGUUCAGUAACAUGCUAAAGGAUUGCAGGUACAGAAAAAAUGGUCUUAUGGCUAAGGCAGCUGUGUGCAACUCUGGAGAACUCAAGUUAGGUCUGUAUCUGCUAGGAAAGAUAUUUAAAACAGACUUUGCAGAGAGGAAACUAGUAGUGUGUUCCUGGUUUUAAUGCUUCUGACUUGCUAACACAUAGGCACUGAACUGUAGCUGUGACCUUUCACUGAGGUGCUGUGUGCGUCAAUCCCACAUCUGGAGAAAGAAGAAAAUACCACUUGAAUGUGAAGCACUGAGAUAUUCUGUUGGCAGACCCCACAGGAAGUUAAUAAUUUUAUCCUCAGAUUAAGGUUUGAAUGUCCUGCAGUAGAUGAGGCCUAGGAACUGCACGAAAAGGAUAUACUUGUUAGGUAAGCAGCAUCUGUCAUAUACACAGAAUAUGAAAAAAUAAAUGAGAACUUGUGAUUAAAGACAGUAUUUUGAAACCCAAAUACAAACCAGGUCAAAUUAGAACCGUACAAACAACUGUAGUACCUGCAUUUCCUGAUACUCGAGUGACUGCUGAGGGAUGUUAUAAGGUGGACCCCAGGACCUGGAGAUUCUUCCUCUGUGUCCUCUGAAUCCCAGGCUGGUGCACCUGGACACCUGGAUGUCUCUCCGUCGUGCACCAGUGGAAGCAACUACAGCUUUCAUGUUUCCAGGUUCAGCAAGUAGUGAUG